GAUGUACAGGCAUCUGUGGUGUGGCGGUCAGGCGAUUUACUGUUGCACACAGGAGACCCAGUUCAUCAAAGAUGCAAUUCCUCGCUGUUCUCUUGUUUGUAUUGCCUUGUGCUCUAGCCAAGAACAUUUGCUGUGUACCCGACAAAAUGAGUGGAUUUGCCUACAACUCUUACAAUGGAAUUUCCAGCAUAUAUAAAAUUGACUUCACAGCCAAAAAACAUCUCGCCGUAUCUCUAGCUUCUUUCUUCAACCCAAACGCCUUCACAUUGGUGGACUUUGGUAACGGCACGAUGUACUAUUACGACGGACAAACAUGCACAAAACAGUCCCUAGCUUAUCCCGAAAUAUACCAGCAAUGUAUUCCUGAGAAUGCUACCCUCGUGUCCGAAGCCAACCUAGGACCUGCUGUCGGUGGAUUCCCCUACAAGGCUUACAGAUUUUCCGUUGGCCCAAACACCAUCGAGAUGGCCGUGUCCUCAAACUGCCUGCCUCUUAUAACCAGACUGUCAGGACCUGCUUUACUUCAUACGCGCACCAGCAUCUACAUCAACAUCACAACACCAGCUACUAUCGACUUCCCUAGCUACGACCUUUCCAAGUGCAAGCAUGACUCUGUCAUUGUCGGUUAAUCCCGUGUAAUGUCUAGAAACGAUUAACUUUGACCUGAUAUGGUGAAUAAAAUGUAGAUGCCAUUAUUACAAGACAAAUAACAAAUGCGUGAAUAAAAUAGAAGCAGAUUAACAACUAUA